UGUUCGCAGUAGCCGGUGGAGGGCAGAGGCGGGCAGCUGGAUGCGGGUUAAACCGAGAAACGGGACUCACGCUGCUCAUAUUCGGCGAGCGCCGAGCGCACAUGCAUGCAGCUGGAUGCUGGAACCCGAAACCCCGAUCUCCAGCUCCUCUGAACACAUCCAGAGAGAAAAGCAGCACAAACACCUCAUCAUACAGUGAAUGAGUGCGCGGUCUGAACUAAUGACCAACUCAUGCAGAGGAGUGUGAGCGCGUCUGUGGAGAGCGCGCGUAGAUGAGAGCUAGAGGGCGGCGGCGCAUCGCUCCUCACCUCCGUUACCGCUCCAAUCCUCCAGUCCCGGGACCUUCUCCUGAUCUCUCCGUGAGGAACACACGCUGAACUUGAGACGCGUAAUUGCGUCGGUCCUCCGUUUAGCUUCAACCACAGCAGCUCCUUUGUCACGGCUGAACCAAACCGACGAGGGAACGAAUAUUCUGCGCUGAGGAGUUUUCCAAACUCCAAAGUCAUGGGGAAAAACGGACGACAGAGAUUUGGAUUGGGAUUAGUGCUUCUCUUUCUGUGGGUUCUGCUCCAAAUAGUUGACGCGCAAGGUGAUGAUGACUUCCUGUUGGGGUUGGGUGAGCUGCCAGAGACCUUCCCUAGCGACCCGCCUGAGCCCCUUCCGCACUUCCUGCUAGAGCCGGAGGAUGCUUACAUCGUCAAGAACAAAGCUGUCAAUCUCUUCUGCACGGCCACGCCCGCCGCACAGAUCUACUUCAAAUGCAACGGCGAGUGGGUCCAUCAGAGAGAGCACACGAUAGAGGAGCGGGUGGACGAGACGUCGGGUUUGGUGGUGAGGGAAGCACGGAUUGAGAUUUCCCGACAGCAGGUGGAGGAGUUGUUUGGUUUGGAAGAUUACUGGUGCCAGUGUGUCGCCUGGAGCUCUGCAGGAACCACCAAGAGCCGCAAGGUGCACGUCCGCAUUGCAUUCUUGAGGAAGACGUUUGAACAGGAGCCCUUGGGGAAGGAAGUGUCACUCGAACAGGAAGUGCUGCUGCAGUGCCGCCCACCCGAGGGCAUACCGCCUGCUGAGGUGGAAUGGCUGAAGAACGAAGAGAUUAUCGAUCCUGCAGAUGAUCGAAAUUUCUACAUCACCAUUGAUCAUAACCUGAUCAUCAAACAGGCACGACUUUCUGACACUGCUAACUACACAUGUGUCGCUAAGAACAUUGUUGCUAAGAGGCGUAGCACCACGGCUACAGUGAUCGUCUAUGUGAACGGAGGCUGGUCCACAUGGACAGAGUGGUCGACGUGUAACAGUCGCUGUGGGCAGGGCCUUCAGAAACGUACCCGUAGCUGCACCAAUCCCGCGCCUCUGAACGGGGGAUCGCCGUGUGAUGGACAGGCCAUCCAAAAACUCGCCUGCACCUCAGUGUGCACAGUUGAUGGCGAGUGGGGCGACUGGAGCAAGUGGUCGGCGUGUAACACAGAGUGCACUCAGUGGAGGAAGAGAGAGUGUAACGCCCCUGCACCCCAGAACGGAGGGAAAGACUGUGACGGAGUCACGCUACAGUCGCAGAACUGCACUGAUGGACUCUGCCUACAAAGUUCAGUAUAUCAGCUAUCCGUUCAGCCUAAAGGGACGGGAGAGGAGGGGUUUACAUCUGCGCCAGGUGGAGAUGAGGUGGCGCUGUACGUGGGCAUCGUCAUGGCGGUGGUCAUGUGUCUGGUCGUCUCUGCUAUCGUGGCUCUGCUCGUUUACCGCAAGACGCAUCGGCGCUUUCACUCUGACAUCAUCGACUCGUCUGUGCUGAACGGCGGAUUUCAGCCUGUCAGCAUCAAACAGGCACGCUCAGCGGAUUUGCUGGCCGCGACCCCUGACCUGUCCACAGCGGUGGCACUGUAUCGAGGUCCAGUAUAUGCCCUACACGACAUCUCGGACAAAAUCCCCAUGACCAGCUCCCCUUUGCUGGAGCCACUGCCCCUUCCCAACCUCAAGAUCAAAGUCUACAACUCCUCCGGCACGGUGACCCCUCAGGAGGACAUGACCUCUGACCUCUCCGCCACCCUGUCCCCGAAAGUCACCCACUCUCUUUUGGACAGCGACCCUGUGACUCCACGCAACCAGACACUGGCACGCACACGGGACCCCACGUGCACAGCGUUAGGGUCGUUCAACUCGCUGGGAGGUCAUCUGAUCAUACCCAACUCAGGUGUGAGUUUGUUGGUUCCCGCUGGUGCGAUUCCUCAGGGUCGUGUGUAUGAGAUGUUUGUGACCGUACAGAGGACAGAGAGCAUGAGGCCAGCGGUCGGUGAUGGGGAGGCCGUGCUCAGCGCUGUGGUCAGCUGCGGUCCUGCGGGUGCCCUGUUGACCCGUCCCGUCAUCCUCACUCUGCACCACUGCUCACACGCCAACUCUGACAACUGGCAAAUCAUACUCAAGAGCCACACGCAGCAGGACCAAUGGGAGGACGUGGUCGUGGUUGGAGAGGAGAACUUCACUACUUCCUGUUAUGUGCAUCUGGGAGAAGAGGCCUGUCACAUCCUGACCGAGACUCUAGGAUCCUACUGUCUGAUUGGCCAGAGCGUGUGUCCGUCAGCGGCUAAACGAAUCAAACUGGCCGUGUUUGGGCCUGUGGUCACACCAGGUCUAGAUUACCACAUCAGAGUGUACUGCCUCGAUGACACGCAGGACACACUCAAAGAGGUGCUGCAGAUAGAGAAACAGAUCGGCGGGAAGCUGCUCGAUGAACCAAAGUCUCUGAACUUCAGUUACAGCAACCACAACCUGAGACUGUCGAUACAUGACGUCCACUCUCAGUGGAAGAGCAAACUACUCACCAAAUACCAGGAGCUGUGUUUCUCUCAGGUGUGGAGCGGAUCGGUGCGGCGGCUGCACUGCUCCUUCACUCUGGAGCGUCAGAGUGUGAGUGUGUGUGAGCUGUGCUGUAAGCUGUGUGUCAGACAGGUGGAGGGAGAAGGUCAGAUCUUCCAGCUCUACACCACCCUGAGUGAGGAUGUCCAGAGCAUCGACACAUCCCUGAUGGACCCAGGCAGCAGUAUCACGGUGCUGGCCGGUCCGAGCGCGUUCAGAAUCCCGGUCAGCAUCAGAACCAAACUGUGCAGCAGCCUGGACGCCCCGCACACGCGCGGCAACGACUGGAGAAUACUGGCACACAAACUCAACCUGGACAGGUAUCUGAACUACUUUGCGACUAAGACGAGUCCUACCGGUGUCAUUCUGGACCUCUGGGAAGCUCAACACUUCCCACACGGCAACCUCAACCAGCUCGCCACGGUUCUGGAGGAGAUGGGUCGUCAUGACAACAGCAUCGCUGCCAUGGCGAAGGAACAAUGACCCUUACAUCGGCGGUGACGUCUGAGCAGAGGAUAAUUGAGCUCAAGUUGUGUUGCCACUCUCAUCGAGCUGAAACUACGAUCAAACCCAAGACAAAGUCAAAGCAUCCGCAGUACGGAGGAGAGUCCAUGACCUUUAGCACCGGCUCGGUGCAGCAUCUUAUUCAGUUUCCAUGGAAACGUGCCGUACUGCUGUCCAUGUACGCGGAUGCUUGCCGAUUUGGGGUUGAAUGCAGGGCUGGGGGUCAAAGGUGAACCAGGAACAGGGUCAAGACACUUCAGGCAACCAAAAUCUCUUAAACCCUCCCAGUUUGCACGCGCAGGGUCCCCGUGUGUGUUUGCGCAAAAACAGCAGAAAUCUCCCACAUCAUCUUCUCGUCUCCUUCAGUCAUCGUUUUUACAGAAAUUUGUGGUGCCAUCUAGUGGUUGCAGAACAAACGCUCGUGUAAUAUAAUAUUUUGAGACCUGAAUACAGUAUUUAGUGUGUCUACAGAGUACCUUAAAGUGGCCUUUAAAAUCCGGUUAACAUUCAGAUCUGAUUUGUAUUGUAUUAUUUUUGUAACGCAGGUAUCCGAAGACGUAAAAUACGUGUUGCUUUGUUGAACAAAAGUGCACAUGAGCACUUGCAGGGAUUUGAGGAUCAUGUCGGAAGUUGCUGUUUGAUUUUCUGGAAUGCGAUGUUACGUCACACUGUAAUGAUCUUCACUGCUGCAUCUAAUGAAUUCCCGCGUCCUGCAUGGGCUAUUUCUGUUGUGCAUCAAUGUUUCGUGUCAACAUUUAUGCAUUUCACUCUACUAUACGCAUUAUUUUAAAAAGAGACAAUUGAUCCCUUAUAAAGAAAAAUAAACUUCCUUUGGUGGUGACUAUAGUUUCUGCCAGAAUGUGAUGGAUACAACAGCCCCUUUCACACAGCAAUCCCAGUAAAUUACCAGAAUGACUUUACUGAUAAAUACACAAAGAUGCUGUUCGUACAAGCAACGGUGUUCUUUUGGGAGAGUUCAUCUGAAAAUGAAAAUUAUGCCAUGAUUUAUGCACCCUCAAGCCAUCCUAGGUAUAUAUGACCAGUGUUGUGGAAAGUUACUUUUAAAAGUAAUGUAUUACUAUAUUGUGGUAAUACAUUGCGGUACCUCAGGGAUGACGUGUUUUUGUAGGCAAAACCCAGAAGCGAGUUAGCAUUUUAGGACUUCCGGUUCCAUCGCCCCGAAGUCAAUGGGUUUUUUGAAUGGGUUUUUGCUAAAUCGCCUGAAAUAAGGUCUGUGGUUAACAAAGCCUCUAAAUAUUUUCACGUUUUGAUCUAUGACAAAACACACCAGCUUAAUUAUUGCUAACAAAUUGCUAAAAGGGACUACUUCCUUUGGUGGGGACUUUAGACGUCAUCAUGACAAACAGGACAUUUGGACAGCAUUUCUCAUGAAAAAUUGGAUAAGUAUUCAUACACAGCGCAGAUCAUAAUCAGCGAGCAUGUUUUUAAAUAAAGUUGUUUUUUUUAAUAAAGUUUGAGGAAGCUUGGUGGUGGUGACGUUGAUCCGCGACCAUGGUGUGCUGUAGUCCGUUUAUAGCCUACUGUUAUCUUUUUAUAUCUGACGACUUUAUUUAGGCUUCAAAAUUUAUAAAUGUUGUGUUAACUUGUAAAGAUUAUCUUGAUAGACAAAACGUGUAAGUGUCAUAACCCUUUGUUAAACACAGAGCUUAUUUUUUUCCAAAAGUCUGGGAAAAAUGCAUAGGCUUUCAAUCGAGGGAACCCGUGCGCCGCUAACUUCCGGGUUGGCCUACAAAAACACAUCAUCCCUGAUGUUCAACACUCUUAUUUCUAAAUCUAAUCUAAAGUCACUUUUGUUUAUGGUUGAAUUGGAUCAUUGAAGGUCAGCAGUAAAGACAUUGGUUAAUAAAGUGAGAUUAAAUACAUAAAGUAUAUUUGUGUAAUUUAAUAUAGUUAAUUAUUACAGGUUUGUGUACAAUUCUGAGAUUGCAUUUCACUGUUUUUAUUAAUUUUGAGGAAUACUGAAAUGAGAUGAGUAAAUGCAUGUUCACAUUUAGUCUAGAACUACAAUAACCAUCAUGUUCACACACAACACCUCUGCACUUUAUUUCUCUCAACGUGGGAACAGGAGAGCUGUCAGUCAAUACAUGUGAAAACAAAGAAAUAUAGAUAUUUUGUUGUAAAUUGAAAAAGUAGUGUUAGUUCACUUGUUACUUGAAAAAAUCUGAUUAUGUAACUCAAGUUGCUUGUAAUGCAUUACCCCCAACACUGUAUAUGACUAUCUUCUUUCAGAUGAACAAAAUCGGAGUUAUAUUAAAAUAUAUCCUUGCAAGCUUUAUAAUGGUAGUGAAUGGGGCGUUGUAUUCUGAAGCCCAAAAAAGUGCAUCCAUCCAUCAUAAAAGUAAUCCAUACGGAUCCAGGGGGUUAAAAAAGACCUUCUAAAGUAAAGUGAUGGGUUUUUGUAAGAAAAAUAUCCAUAUUUAAAACAUAUUUAAACUAUAAUAACUAUCUUCCAGCAGACAGCCGCCUGGAUCGAAUUACGGCGAAAGAGUGACCUCUGACCUGACGUACGGCCAUCUGCUGGAAGCUAGUUAUUAUGGUUCAUAAAGUUUUAAAUAUGGAUAUUUUUCUUACAAAAUCCCAUCACUUCAGAUUAACCCCUUUGAGCCAUAUGGAGUACUUUUAUGAUGGAUGGAUGUGCUUUUUUGGGCUUGAAAAUACACCCCAUUCACUACCACUAUAAAGCUUGGAAGAGCCAGGAUAUUUUUUUAAUAUAACUCUGUUUGUGUUUGUCUGAAAGAAGAUAGUCAUAUAUACCUAAGUUUGCUUGAGGGUGAGUAAAUCAUGGGAUAAUUUUCAUUUUGGGGUGAACUAUCCCUUUAAGAGACUAUUCACACAUCAGCAGCAAAAUAAUGCUAGAUUCUGUGAUGUCAGUCAUCGUAAAUGAUCUGUAAAUGCUACGCUGUUGUCUUAAUAAUAAUAAUAAUAUGUUUAAAUUAUAUAGCACCUUUACCAGGCUCAAUUCCAAAUCUCUCAUUGUCUCACUCAAACAGGGUGUUCCCCAGGGUUCGGUUCUAGGACCUUUAUUAUUCAUUAUAUACAUUCAGCCUCUUGGCCAAAUAAUUGGUCACCAUGGUUUUAACUACCACUGUUAAGCAGAUGACAUCCAGAUUUAUACUGCUUGCCGGCCAGGUUCUAUCCACUCGACUGCCUCAUUAUCUUCAUGUGUCAGUGAGUUAAAAGUUCUGGCUACACUCUAAUCUUCUUAGCUUGAACUUGAGCCCGCAUGAAGAGAAGCACACAUUUACAUAGAAAAACUAUUAAAAAGCAGUGGAACUUACUGUAACGCGUCAUCUCCAUAAGAACUUUAUGAUUGGCUCAAAGCAGACUCUUACGUCAGCGCGUUCUGAUCUCGUACGUGCUCAUACCGGUAAUCCUCAUAAACACAGCAUCACACCAGUGAUUUACUGGUAAUGUUACGACUUUUCAUACGGGUAAAUUGGCAGAAGCAAUUUACUGGUGUUUUUGAAAAGGUCCUGAUCACUCAUGAUCUCUUACCGGUAAUUUACCAGUAACUUAAACACUGUAUGUGUGAAAGGGGCUAUUAUUGUUACAACUGGAUUGAUGUAAUGAAAUAGUUUUUCAUUUUAAUUUCUUUUUAUGACCGUAAAGACCAAUAGCAAGUUACCACAGGUUUAUUUUAGCAACUAUAACUGUAGUAACUUUUGGUGGAAAGUGUGGUUGUGUUAAAUUUGGUAACACUUUACUUUAAAGCCUUUAUAUGUAAUGCAUUAUAAAAGCAGUGUUGGGUAACAUUGUAAUUAGAUCACUGUACUAAUUUCUCUAAGAAGUAUUGCAUUACUUAUUACUAAUUACUUUUUAAUUCUUUCAAAUACAUAAUAUAAAAUUGCAUAAAUUAUUCUUGAACUGACCAAAGUAUUUAAAGGGAGAAGGUUACAUUAAAAACACAUUUUAACAUUGAUUGAAUGUUAAAUCCACUAUUGUUUUAUGUAGAAUUGUCCUAUAGUCAAUUAUACAGUAUUUAAUGCAAUUACAUCAGAAGUAACUAAUUAAGUUACAGAAAAUAAAGAGUAAUCACUUACUUUACUUCAUCAAGGUAAAGUAAUUAAUUACUUAGUAAUGAAUUACACCCAACACCGUAUAAAAGUAUUUUUAAUGCAUUAAUUAUGCCUCAUAAUGCACUGUAUGGUCUCAUGAAUAUACAAAGUAUAAUGCAUUAAAACACAUGUCAAACAACCAAUUUCAGAUUUAACUUUGGUUACAAUUAUUUAUGAAACGAUAUAAUACAUUAUGGAUACCUUCAUAAUGCAUUAUACAUAAAGGCUUGAAGUGUUGCUGUAAAUUUUUGUAAGCCUAAGUCAUUUUUCUGUCCACACUCAAAGUGAAAAUACUGUAAGAUACGACACAAUCACGGCCAAUCAGAACAUAUUUUAUGAUUAAUAUAAAGAUGUGCGGAUGAGUACGAAAUAGAAAAUGUUCUGUUAGUUGCAGAAGCUGGUCAGGAUAAAGAAAAAAAACAUAUUAAAGAAGAUUUUCAUGGUUGGUUGGAGCUGCAGGACCUAUGAACACUGCCAGUACAGUGGAAUCAUUUUUUUCUGGUGAAUAUUAAAUAUGUCGCUCCUGUGUCACUCCUUCAGCCAGGAAGAUCUCAGAACAUAUCCCAAAUACAUGACUGAAAAAGUUUCUAUGGAAUAUAUUUGCUUGUGUUGCUGUAGAGAGUUUAUCUGAUCAUAUUUACAUGCACAUUAACUUUGAUAUUAUGAAAGUAACGUCUCGGGGGCAGAGGGUGGGCUCUGAUGAUGUCAGCCGAAAGAAACAAGGUUUCAGGGGCGGAGCAAGUUAUUACAUUCUGAUGGAAGAACUUUUAUUUUCUUAGAAAUAAUUUUCACUGAUGAAUCGUUUGCCAUAAUAUGGAAGCCCAUUUCUGACAUAUAAGAAAAAAAUUAUUUCGUAUAUCACAAUUAUGACAUAAAAAGUCAUAAAUUAUGACAAAAAAAAUUGAAAUUGACAGUGUUAUAAUUUUGACACUCAUAUUACAACUUAUUUAAAUAUUCUAUUUUUCUUUUUUAUAUAUAUUUUCUUUCAUUAUGGUCAAAAGUAUGAAAAAAUUGCCAUAAUUAUGGCUUACUAUUAUAAUUUCCACUUUUGUCAUAAUUUUAGCUUUUAAUCUCAUUAUGACUGUUAUAAUUUUGAGUGCCAUAUUUCACCUUUUUUAAUGUUAUAAUUUCUUUUUUCUUUUAUUAUAACUUCAUGAUAAUGUUUUGUCAACAUUUCAACUUUUUAUCUCAUAAUUAUGCUAUAUCAUAAUUUUGACUUUUUAUCUCAUAAUGACUCAUAAUGUGUAUUGACUGUCAUAUUUAAACUUUUUAGUUUCAUAAUUUCUAUUUUUCUUAUUUUAUAUUUUUUUAUAUAUAUUUUAUUUUUUUCUUUUAUUACAGUCAAAAUAUGAUACAAAAUUUGAAAUUGACAUUUUAUCAUAAUUUCAACUUUUUUCCUCAAUUUCAACUUGUCAUAAUUAUGACUUAGUAUCUCAAAAGUUAAAAUUGAAAAAAAGUUUAAAUUAUAUGUAAUAUUUAAAACUAAAAAAAAAAUAUAAAAAAUAUUUUUGUUAAAUUUUUUUAUUUUAUCUUGUUUGUUUUGUCAAAAUUCCAACUUUUUAUCUCAUAAUUUCAACUUUUUUCAAUUUCAAAUUUUAUAUAAUAAUUUCUACUUUUGGUCUCAAUUUUACAUUUUUAUCUCAUUAUGACUUGUUAUAAUUUUGACUGUCAUAUUUCAACUUUUUUAAUGCUAUAAUUUCUUUUCUUCUUUUUUCUUUUAUUAUAACUUUGUUUUGUCAAAAUUCAAACUUUUUAUGUCAUAAUUAUGACUUUUUUGUUGUAAUUAUGCAUGUUAUUGUCAUAUUUCAUGAUGUUUUUUUCUUCUGUGUCAGCGAUGGGCUUCCAUACAUUAUGAGCAGGAUCAUGUAUUAAGAAAGUGCACCGGGUCGUUCUGAUUUCAUGUAAACUCGAAAUAUUAAACACCCAUUUGCAAAUGGAAAUCACAGAAGUCUUUAGCAAGACCUAAAGUUAAACUCACAGAUCUUAAAUGUGUUUACAGCCGUAACAGACAGUUUACAGUUAAUGAUGGUCUAUGCAACCGCUUUGCAAAGCAGCCGGCGUAUUUUAUGCAUAAAUGUUUGUGCAUAAAUUGGUGACAGUAGACGCGAGUGUUGGUGUGCUUGUAAAUGUGCUCGCAGUGAUGUGAAACACAGGACUCAUUAUUUGUGAUCUGUCUGCAGUCUCACUGCCUGCAGCCGCUGCCACCCCACCGACGUGUAACAGCCUCUAACGAACUGCCAUUUCCCACAAUCCACGACGUCUCCAAAAGAGGCGAGGAUCUGUGCGGAAAAUAAAAGCCAAAUUAAUGAGCAAAACAAGGCAGCAGAAAAGCCCUUAUGUAAGACAGAAGAGCAGCAGUGCAUCGAGUGCUUCUGUCUGGCGUAAAUGCUGUGCCAACUAUGCAACGUUUGCUUCUGUAUAGGACGAUGACAGAACCGCUGGCAAAUGUGCAUUGAUAUGAUGGAGAAAACUGAAUCCAUAGAAUAAAGCUUCAUUAAAAUAGCAAUCAAAAAAACGCUAAUAUGUUCGCUGUAUAAAAUGUAUGUAAAGGAUUUUUUAAAUAAAUUAUAUUUUUAAUCAA